GUCUGGAAUUACACCCCUUCGGCUGCAUCACUGCUGGGAACCGCGCAUUACCAGGAACCGUCUACCUGCCGGGCUCCCAUUUCUCUUUCACAGGCCUCCUGUACAAUAGAAAGUUUCUGCUUAAAUUUCCCACCAUUGCUUCCCCGGUUCAGCUUGGCCACUGAUGGCAAAGGGAGGAUUUGGCUUGUGUGUCUUGGAGAGAGCUUGUCCGGCGAGGAUGGAUCUCUUGUACCUCUUACGGCUGCUGCUUACCGCCUGUGUGUUCGGCCUGUCCCAGACAAUCAACCCCUUUGUGGUGCAGCAAACUGCAUCCGACCCUUGCUACGAUGAGAACAGCGCCCCCCGGCGCUGCAUCCCCGAGUUUGUCAAUGCUGCCUUUGGGAAGGAAGUGCAGGCCUCCAGCACGUGUGGGAAGCCUCCCACUCGCCACUGCGAUGCCUCAGACCCCCGCAAAGCCCACCCGGUAUCUUACCUCACGGAUCUCAACACUGCCUCCAACAUGACGUGCUGGCGCUCUGAGAGCCUGCACCUUUCCCCUCAGAAUGUCACGCUCACCCUCUCCCUGGCCAAGAAGUUUGAGGUGAUUUAUGUCAGCCUGCAGUUCUGCUCGGCCCGGCCUGAGUCAGCAGCCAUUUUAAAAUCUAUGGAUUAUGGCAAGACCUGGGUGCCUUACCAGUACUACUCCUCCCAGUGCCGGAAGAUCUACGGCAAGCCCAACAAAGCCACCGUCACCAAGCAAAAUGAGCAGGAGGCGCUGUGCACUGAUGGCCACACAGAUCUGUACCCGCUCACUGGGGGCCUCAUUGCCUUCAGCACGCUGGACGGACGGCCGUCCGCCCAAGACUUUGACAACAGCCCAGUGCUCCAGGACUGGGUGACAGCUACGGACAUCCGGGUCAUUUUCAGCCGCCCCCAUUUGUUCCGGGAGCUGGGGGGCCGGGACAAUGAAGAGGACGAUGGCGGGACCAGCUCGUUUUCAUACUAUUAUGCCGUGGGUGAGUUCCAGGUCGGGGGGCGGUGCAAGUGCAAUGGGCACGCCUCCCGCUGCGUGAAGGACAAGGAGGGCAAGCUUGUGUGUGACUGCAAGCACAACACUGAGGGCCCCGAAUGCGACCGCUGCAAACCCUUCCAUUAUGACCGCCCGUGGCAGAGGGCCAACGCCAGGGAGGCCAACGAGUGUCUAGCCUGCAACUGUAACCUGCAUGCCCGGCGCUGCCGCUUCAACAUGGAGCUGUACAAACUCUCAGGCAGGAAGAGCGGAGGUGUCUGCCUCAACUGUCGCCACAACACAGCCGGCCGGCACUGCCAUUACUGCAAAGAGGGGUUCUACCGGGACAUGAGCAAAUCCAUCAGCGACCGCAAGGCCUGCAAAGCUUGUGACUGCCACCCUGUUGGCGCAGCCGGUAAAACCUGCAACCAGACCACCGGACAGUGCCCAUGCAAAGAUGGUGUGACAGGGCUCACCUGCAAUCGCUGUGCCAAGGGCUACCAGCAGAGCCGGUCACCUGUGGCUCCUUGCAUCAAGAUUCCUGCCAUCAACCCAACCUCCGUGGUCACCAGCACAGAAGAGCCGGCAGACUGUGAUUCGUACUGCAAGCCAGCCAAAGGCAACUACAAGAUUAAUAUGAAAAAAUACUGCAAGAAGGAUUAUGUUGUCCAAGUGAAUGUCUUAGACAUGGAGACAGUGGCCAACUGGGCUAAGUUCACUGUCAACGUCCUCUCGGUCUACAAGUGCCGCGAUGAGCGUGUGAAGCGUGGUGAUAACUUCUUGUGGAUCCACAUGAAAGACCUGGCCUGCAAGUGCCCCAAGAUCCAAAUCAGCAGAAAAUACCUUGUCAUGGGGAUCAGCGAAAACCCCACUGACCGGCCAGGACUCAUGGCUGACAAGAACAGCCUGGUCAUCCAAUGGCGGGAUGCCUGGACCCGGCGCCUGCGGAAACUGCAGCGGCGGGAGAAGAAGGGGAAGUGUUUGAAACCAUGAUGGGUUUUGUGUCUGUCGCUUACUAAAGUCCCCGCCCUAUGCACAUUCUUCAGACUGUUCCCCAGAGACUCUGUAUAUAUAUAUAGCGUGAACAGACUCUCCUGUCUAUAGUGUAUAUUUGCGAUGGGUUCCUUUGUGUGCGUGAAGGCCUGGGUGUGCCUGGGGAUGUGUGUGUCCUUAAUGUUAAUUAAAAGUAACACAGUAAGGACAAGCCUUUAAAGAGGAGUGAAGUGGAGGAUGAGCCCAGUGUUGGUAGGUCUGAAGUUGCUCAGAGGAUAUAAGCAAAAGGCCUCUCCGUCAGGGCCCCUCUCCUGUGUCUCAUUGUUUCUGAUCUCUCUUCACUUUCGGGGGUGAGCUCCAUGCCCUGCCUGCUCCCAGUGUCCGAGCGCAAGUCCUCAGCUCUUCGCUCAGUCACGCUAUACCUGGGUGUGGACUAGUCUAAGCUCUUCAGUCCCCUUCCUAUCCAUAGCAGCUGAAACUAGCCUGGUGUCAGUUCAUGGAUUAUGAGGCCAAAAGAGACUACUGUGAUCAUCUCGUUUGCCCUCCUGCAUAGCACAGGCCAGAGAACUUCUGACUUAACUUCCCCCAUUCCCAUCUUCCACCCUAUUUCAGGUCACCCUGAAGGGAAAGCAAAAGCAUUGGACAUAGAGGGUCAGAUUCUUCUGUCAUAUAUACUGGUAUAGGUAAGGAGUAAGUGCAUGGCUUGCUAAUGGAUUUCCAUAUGCAUACAGUAUGAAAGGAGAUUCCAACCCUGGAGUUCCAUGAAAAACCAAAGUGUCUAAUUUGCCAGUUACAUCAUGUUUAUGCUGAUACACCAUCAUUGAUUUCACUGGUAUGACACUGAUGUGACACAGUGAGAAUCAGGCCCUUUGGGUUUAUUCAGCCACUGCUGGAAUGCACCAGCCCCCACCUGCAGACUGGUCUUAGCCAAGGUCACUGCCAAACAGGGCUGGCUCCAGGGUUUUGGCCGCCCCAAGCAGCCAAAAAAAAAAAAAAAAGCUGCGAU